GCCUGUGUGAAUGUCGCUUUUCAAAUGCAUUGUAGAAUGUUGUGACGUUAAAUUCCGGUGUGCAUCGAUCUUAAUUGAAACGUAACUCGUAGUCGAAUGGUGCAAGUUCAGUCUCGCAAGACCUGUGGACUAUCUUCCAAUACAAAUUCGUGGCGAGAUGUUCAAAUGUCCUGUUUUUGAAGUGUGGAGGUGUGGAAUUAGUGGGAAUAUGUUAGUGAACGCUGUAGAUCAGCUUGUAUUGUGAAAAUGAGAGGACACAGCUGAGGUGCAAAAUUCAUGAAACUACAAGCCGCGGCGACUAAAUAAUGCCAUUACGUUGUUGCUAAUAUGUCAGUUCGUAUUCAGUAUGAUUUCGGCUUGCCAGUGCACAAGUGUAGCAGAAUAAAACGAGCAGAAUUUGCUGUUUCAGCAGUACAUCUACAGCAAACUGUUCUUUCUGAAAGAGGAACCAUUUCGAAGAGAUAAUUUUCUGCUGGAAUAGAAUUGUUGUGACAUUCACAACACGUUCUUUUAUAAAUUCUCUACCAUUGAAAGGACACGCCGCUUUUGCUAUUCCAAGAGUUAUUUGACAGGUCAUGUGCUGAAAGAUUGAUCUCCCACUGGUUUCAAAAUGCCUUUCAGAAAUCGUGAAAUUUUUCAGCUUGGAUUGUUAUUUCUGUGUGUUCCUGUUCAGUACCUGUUUUCCUCAUAUUUAAGCAGUACAACAGGUAGAACACAAGCAUUAUUUGAUAUUAUCAAUGACUUUAAAGAAGUAACUGAUUUACUGUUCAGUGCAGGAGCUUGGAAACAACGAUGGGAUGGUCUUGUUUCAUCUCUUGUCCAAGUUUAUUUUCCGGAACUGAGCAGUUAUACAAGAAGCUAUGUCUACAAUGAACACAAUACAUCCCCUGCAGUUGAAGUUAUGCGGUAUGAUAGAAAUGCGGGUUACUUUGGGAUGGGCACAGAAAUAAGAUAUGAGCGCCCUUCACAUUUAAGAUACAGGAUUGGACAAGUUGUUCGUCAUCGAAAGAGAGGUUAUAGGGCUGUGAUUGUAGGAUGGGAUCUUAUUGCAAAGGCUCCGCAAAGCUGGCUUAAGAAAAUAUAUGGCGAAAGCAUGGUUAUUAGAGACUGGCCUCAUUAUGCACUUCUCAUUGACAACCAAGAUGUUACGCUACUAUAUGAGGAGGAUUAUAUAAGAUUUUCCAAUGUACCUACCACAUAUGUUGUACAGGAAGACCUGGAAUUAUUGAAAAGUACUGAAAUACAGAAUGCAGAUGUUGACAGUAAAUUUGAGUAUUUUGAUGGAGCACAGUACAUACCAGGGCCAAACUUAAAAGCUAUCUAUCCAAAGGAUUAACAUGGAGGCGUUCAUUUCAGGCAGUGCUAAGUUAUUGCUUGUAGUUUUACAUUACAUGUUUGUAUUAAAAGGCUGUGUUUACAUAACACAUCAGUAUAAUUUUCUUAUUCCAUAGGAAUAAUAUAUUUUUUAUAAAAAUAGUGUUGUCUGUUGUUAAACACCUCACAAUGUAAAAGGUGAUAGAAAUACAAUUUUCUAAAGGAAG